ACGCGGCGGCGCGCACGCAGGCCUCGCCUCUCUGGGACCUCCUCCCUCACGCUGGCCGCAGGGCGCGCACGCCGAGUGACGCUCGGAGGAGGAAGCGCAGCCCUCGUCCCCUCCCUCGCUGCCCCUGGCCCAGCGGGAGCCCCCCCAGUGCGCCUGUGCGGAGGCCUACUUGAUUAUGUGUGCCCUCUCCGGCCGCCCGCGUUAGCGGCCGGGUGGAGGUGGGGAGGGAAGACGACGAGGAGGCGGAGGCGGAGGAGGCGGUGGAGGGGAGGUGGGGGGAGUCAGCAAGGACAUGGCUCCUGACUCCUGUGCGGAACGUGAGUGACUGAGCGGCAAAGCCCGAAUGGUCUCUAGCGACCGGCCCGUGUCACUGGAGGACGAGGUCUCCCAUAGUAUGAAGGAGAUGAUUGGAGGCUGUUGCGUUUGCUCAGACGAGAGAGGCUGGGCCGAGAACCCGCUGGUUUAUUGCGACGGGCACGGCUGCAGCGUCGCGGUGCAUCAAGCUUGCUAUGGCAUUGUUCAAGUACCCACUGGACCAUGGUUUUGCAGGAAAUGUGAAUCUCAGGAGAGAGCAGCCAGAGUGAGAUGUGAACUUUGUCCCCAUAAGGAUGGAGCUUUAAAAAGAACAGAUAAUGGGGGCUGGGCUCAUGUGGUUUGUGCCCUAUAUAUUCCAGAGGUACAGUUUGCCAAUGUUUCUACAAUGGAACCAAUUGUUUUACAGUCUGUCCCACAUGAUCGUUAUAAUAAGACUUGCUACAUUUGCGAUGAACAAGGAAGAGAAAGCAAAGCAGCCACUGGUGCAUGCAUGACAUGUAAUAAACAUGGAUGUCGACAGGCUUUCCAUGUAACAUGUGCUCAGUUUGCUGGACUACUUUGUGAAGAAGAAGGUAAUGGCGCAGAUAACGUCCAAUACUGUGGCUACUGUAAAUACCAUUUUAGUAAGCUGAAAAAGAGCAAACGGGGAUCUAAUAGGUCAUAUGAUCAAAGUUUAAGUGAUUCUUCCUCUCACUCUCAGGAUAAACAUCAUGAGAAAGAGAAAAAAAAAUAUAAAGAAAAAGACAAACACAAACAAAAACACAAGAAACAAACAGAACCAUCACCUACAUUGGUUCCAUCGUUGACUGUUACUACAGAAAAAACUUAUACAAGCACUAGCAACAACUCUAUAUCUGGAUCAUUGAAGCGUUUGGAAGAUACUACAGCACGAUUUACAAAUGCAAAUUUCCAAGAAGUCUCUGCACACACCUCUAGUGGAAAAGAUGUUUCAGAGACUAGAGGGUCAGAGGGCAAAGGGAAGAAAUCUUCAGCUCACAGCUCAGGUCAAAGGGGAAGAAAGCCUGGUGGUGGAAGAAAUCCAGGAACGACCGUGUCAGCAGCUAGCCCCUUUCCACAAGGCAGUUUUUCAGGAACUCCAGGCAGUGUAAAAUCAUCUUCUGGAAGUUCAGUGCAGUCUCCCCAGGAUUUCUUGAGCUUUACAGACUCAGAUCUGCGUAAUGACAGUUAUACUCACUCCCAACAGUCAUCAUCAACCAAAGAUGUACAUAAAGGAGAGUCUGGAAGCCAGGAAGGGGGGGUAAAUAGUUUUAGUUCCUUAAUUGGUCUCCCUUCGACCUCAGCUGUUAUUUCACAGCCUAAAAGCUUUGAAAAUUCACCUGGAGAUUUGGGUAAUUCCAGCCUUCCUGCAGCAGGAUAUAAGCGGGCUCAAACUUCUGGCAUAGAAGAAGAAACUGUAAAGGAAAAGAAAAGGAAAGGAAAUAAACAAAGUAAGCAUGGGCCUGGUAGACCCAAAGGAAACAAAAGUCAAGAGAAUGUUUCUCAUCUCUCAGUUUCUUCUGCUUCACCAACAUCAUCUGUAGCAUCAGCUGCAGGAAGCGUAACAAGCUCUAGUCUUCAGAAAUCUCCUACAUUGCUCAGGAAUGGAAGUUUACAAAGUCUUAGUGUUGGCUCAUCUCCAGUUGGUUCAGGUAGGGAUUUGCCUGUUAUUUUUCUCCCUCACUCCCACCACCACCCUUCUUCCUUUAACCCCCUAAAACUGGUGAUUAAAAAUCCAAAAUUAAAGUGUAUCUUUUCUUUAGACAGAGAUGACAGUUCUACACUAACAAAGCAGGAACUUAAAUUCAUAGGUAUUUAUAACAGCAAUGAUGUAGCAGUGUCAUUUCCAAAUGUAGUAUCUGGCUCAGGAUCUAGCACUCCUGUCUCCAGUUCCCAUGUACCUCAGCAGUCUUCUGGGCAUUUGCAGCAGGUGGGAGCUCUCUCUCCCUCAGCCACGGCCUCCGCAGCCCCUGCUGUUGCCACCACUCAGGCAAAUACCCUAUCUGGAUCUUCUCUUAGUCAGGCACCAUCUCAUAUGUAUGGCAAUAGAUUAAAUCCAAAUUCAUCAGUGGCAGCUCUUAUAGCUCAGUCUGAAAGCAAUCAAACAGAUCAAGAUCUUGGAGACAAUAGCCGUAGCCUAGUUGGCAGAGGAAGCUCACCCCGAGGAAGUCUCUCACCACGAUCCCCUGUAAGCAGCUUACAGAUUCGCUAUGAUCAACCGGGCAACAGCAGUUUGGAAAAUCUGCCUCCAGUGGCAGCCAGCAUAGAACAGCUUUUGGAGCGGCAGUGGAGUGAAGGACAGCAGUUUUUACUAGAACAGGGUACUCCUAGUGACAUUUUAGGAAUGCUGAAGUCAUUACACCAACUUCAGGUUGAGAACCGAAGAUUAGAGGAACAAAUUAAAAACUUGACUGCCAAAAAGGAACGUCUUCAGUUAUUGAAUGCACAGCUUUCAGUGCCUUUUCCAACAAUAACAACAAAUCCUAGUCCGUCUCAUCAAAUACAUGCAUUUUCUGCACAGACUGCUCCUACCACUGAUUCCUUGAAUAGCAGUAAGAGCCCUCAUAUAGGAAACAGCUUUUUACCUGAUAAUUCUCUUCCUGUAUUAAAUCAGGACUUAACCUCCAGUGGACAAAGCACCAGCAGUUCAUCGGCUCUUUCUACUCCACCUCCUGCUGGGCAGAGUCCGGCUCAGCAAGGCUCAGGAGUUGGUGGAGUUCAGCAGGUCAACGGUGUGACAGUGGGGGCACUGGCUGGUGGAAUGCAGACUGUAACCUCCACUAUUCCUGCCGUGUCUGCAAUGAGUGGAAUAAUUGGAGCUUUGCCAGGUAACCAACUGGCAAUUAAUGGCAUUGUGGGCGCUUUGAAUGGGGUUAUGCAGACCCCGGUCACAAUAUCCCAGAACCCUACCCCUCUCACGCACACCACUGUGCCACCUAAUGCGACACAUCCAAUGCCAGCUACACUGACUAACAGUGCCUCAGGACUAGGAUUACUUUCUGACCAACAAAGACAAAUACUUAUUCAUCAACAACAAUUUCAGCAGUUGUUAAAUUCUCAACAGCUCACACCAGAACAGCACCAGGCCUUUCUGUACCAGUUGAUGCAGCACCACCACCAGCAGCACCACCAGCCCGAGCUGCAGCCACUGCAGCUCCCCGGCCCGACGCAGAUCCCCAUCAACAACCUCCUCGCUGGUGCGCAGGCGCCCCCUCUCCACACGGCCGCCAACCCGUUCCUCCCCAUCCACGCAGACGGCGCGAGUCAGAAGGUAACAAGACUUAGUGAUAAAACUGGGACUGUAGCUCAAGAGAAAAGUUGACACUUGAGAAACAUCUAGAAAUUGCCUAUCCUGCUGUUCUAGCACUUCGUCUGGCUGCUGUCGCAGUCCUUUCACUACAACUAUGAAGAAAUGCAACAAGAAACUCACUGCACAACAAAGGAUUAAUUGCCACAAGGACAUUCUUGUAAGGCUUUAAUUUUCUUGUUGCUUUGUUGCACUGAAAUGGAAUUCCCAUAUCCCCCACCCUAAUUUUUUCUUUUUUGAACUUGGAAAGAAAAUUUAGUAACUGACUCCUGUCAGUGAAAUAAUUUACAUGCAAUGAGUUUAUCAGCCCAAGAAAAAUUCAAUAUAGUUGGUACACAACUAGUUUUGUCACAAAUUGGAGAUAUGAAUAGCAAAACUAAAAACUUGUUCCAUUUAUAAGCUACUUGAUUUUAUUAUACAAGUUGGAAGAUGAAAUAUGAUCUUUUGGUUAUAGUAUGCUUGCUCUGUGAGUCAAAUCUUAAAACCAAAUUUCAAGGAACUGUCCAAUUUCUUUUGGAGUUUUAUUGAUUCAGUAUUGCAAAUAUAUAGGUGAGCAACUGGGACUUGGCAAUCUUUGUUAAAAAAGUUUCCUUUCUAAUGCGAUUUGGCCACUUUUGGUAAUCAAGUUAGGAGGGUAAUAUCUGCUUCUGCUAAAGGUAAUUUUCUUUUGACGAUUGCUUUUUCUUUAGUGUUAAGACCUACUCAUAUUUUAAAGAAACCUUGAGUUAAAUGAGUUCUAAGGCUGCUGGGGGAACCAGAUCAAUUCAAAGCGAAAGACUUCUUUCCGAAAGAGGGGGCCACUCUGGAAACUGCGGGUAGGGUUUGGCCUUGUUCAAGUGCCUGUUCAUACCUCCAUCCUGUCGAGACGGCUCGAGACAGCAGAGCUCGCUCGCACAGUCAGUCCUUUGUGAGCGGCAGGAAUUGUCCCACGCGCUGGCAGCCUUCCCCAUGCUUCCGCCUUUCUUCAAAACUUUCUGUGCCACUGUAGAUAGCUCAGGCAAAACUGUUACCUGGGUAUUUGUCCACUAAUGAGUCACAAGGAAAGGAGUGGAUUUGGCGAGAAAAUACAUUUGUUUUAUUUAAACAACUUCUCAUUACUGACCAUUAAGACAAAACAAAAAACCCACCACUACAGUUCCUGGAGCAGGUGAAACCGUAUCACAGCCCUUCCACUUUGGGGAGCUGCACUCUUGCUGUGACAACAUGGCAGAGAAUAUAUUAAAUGAUUGGGGGACGUGAUCACUGAGCUGUUCUUAAAUGUGUGAAUUAUUAGUGGAAAAGACCCAGCUGCAAUUAGACCUCCACUGUGUACUUAGCUGGAAGAACAUGUUAAUUCUGCAAUAUGUCUCUUGGUUAAACAUUGCAGUUCUUACCUCAUUUCUGUAAAUAAGGUUUUGUGAAUCUGUUUUGUAUUGUGAAAAAUUCAUAAGAUAACAUCGAUAUUUUGAUUUGUAAUAUUUCUAAUUGGUAGAUUUAACUGAAAAGUAAA